AUGAUUCUGCACAGGGGGGAGGGUGUCCCUCCGUCUGGAGUACACAGUCUCUGUUACCUGCGAUAUCGGCCUCCGUUGUCCACGGAGGAGAGGCUGGAGGAGGCGAAUCGCCACAUUGAGAAGAAUCCCACCGAUGUGCAGGCUUUACUGCGGCGCGCAAAGUUGUUUGUGCGUUUGGAGGACCACCAGGCAGCUCAAUUGGACCUUUCCGUCAUUAUUGACUUACCGCGUGGGAAAAGUCAGUCGUCGGAACUUGUCUGUGCCUUUUUUCUUCGAGGUGUUUGUCACGUGAAACUGUCGUGGAUCGACAAGGCCAUCGCGGAUUUUACAGCCGCACUUGACAUCGACCCUUCCCACAGUCGAUCCACGUAUGAGCGUGCCGCAUGCCAUAACCGGAAAGGGAACUAUACCGCAGCCAUCUUAGACUACGAGAGGGCCCUUCAGCAUGACUCAAUGCACGUAAGCUAUUUUUCAGCGUGUCAUCGAAACGCCCGAAGCCGAUUCGCAAAGACGCGUCCUCAUCAACGUCUCUCUUUGCGAUCUUUUGGGGCGAUCGAGCCCUCUCGACGGGAUGCUUCGUCUCUUCUAAAUGUUGACGGUGUCUACAGAAAUGGAGACAAUGGAAAAAGACCACCACCCGCACCCCCGCAUAACAUGUAUGUGAAAACGUCAGGUUUAAUGGCAGAGACGUCAAGACUGAGCCAUUCUGCUGGAACGCCGAUUGGUAGUCCCGAGCGACAUCAAAUUGUGCCGGCGGUAACAUCGUCUUCCGCGUUAAGUGGUAAUGAGGAGGCAGAGCUACACCAACAGCGUGGGCUGGCAUAUAGAAAAAAAGGUGAUUAUUUGCGUGCCAUUGAUGAGUACUCUGCGGCCCUUAGACUUGAUCCUAAAAAUUUCAAGGCUCUGUUUAAUAGAGGUUUUUGCAACGACAAGGUUGAGGACUACAACGCGGCAAUCCGUGACUAUGAGGCUGCCAUGAAGUUGGAGCCGGGGUACGCCUACACCUAUUACAAUCUCGGCAUAUCGUACGAUCGUUGGGGCGGUCAUUACAAAGAAGCCAUUGCCAUGUUCGACAAGGCCAUUGCAUUAGAUGGCAACAAUGCUGAUUUUUACCACAACCGCGGCUUUAGUCAGCGCAAACUAGGUAAAUAUCGCGAGGCCGUGAAGGAUUAUACCAUGGCAUUGUCUCUGGAUCCGCAGCACUUCAAAGCCUACUACAACCGAGCCUUUUGUUACGAUAAGUUAGGGGAAGGUGCAAACGCCAUUGCAGACUACACGAAGGCCAUUGCUAUUCAAGAUGAUAAUCCCAAUGCCUACCAUAAUAGAGGUGCCGCUAUGGAAAAGGCCGGUCGUCUUGACGAUGCGAUUGCAGACUACACGCGAGCCAUUCAGCUGGACGACGGAAAUCCCUUCACAUACAAUGCCCGCGGUAUUGCUUAUGACCGUCGUGGUAAGAGUGAUGCAGCUUUACAAGAUUUGACACAAGCCAUUGCACUGUCACCCAACAAUCCCAUAUUUUAUCAGAACAGAGCCUUUGUUUUUCAAAAUAUGGAGCGCUUUCCAGAGGCGGUGCGUGACUACAACAUCUCCUUGGCACUAUUAGACGAAGAGAAGAGGUUUGCCAAUGGAGCUACUAGUGAAGGCAAAGCCACCCAGGAGUUGAAUCUGUUGAUUCUAAAACAAUACUUCAAUCGGGGUUUUUGCUAUGCACGUGAGGGCCAUUAUGAAGCGGCUAUUUGUGAUUUUUCAACGGUUAUGGCGACAAACCCCGAUAACCUUGUAGCAUUGUACAAUCGCGGCAUUUGCCAUGAUAAGGUGGGGAAUUACAAACUUGCAGUGGAGGAUUUUUCACAUUUAAUUGAGUUGGACGCGGAGAAUGCGGAGGCGCACUUCAGCCGUGGUACGGCACUGGAAAGUCUGGGGGAAUAUGCCAUGGCGUUGGAUGACUACGCAGUCGCAUUCAAGCUGGACGUGGAUCGCAGUGACCUGGUUGACGAAGGCGACUUGGCAAAAUUCAAGUCAGAGCAUCACGCCAUGGUGGCUUCUCAGCGAGUCCUGCGGCUCCUAAAGGAAAAGAAAAAGGGUUCUGCAGCUGCGCGAAGAGCAUCUUAA